CGGAACUAGAAAUCUUUUGUGUUCGGCCAUGUUGUUGAGACCCUGUUUUGAAUGAAAACGAAGCUAUAUUGCUGGUUUUAGUUUCAUCCUAAACGACGUGGUUUUUGUAAAAUAUGAUCCUUGGAUGAAAUAUUAUUGAUUUACAAGUGGAGGAAAGUGGAGCUAAAAAGAGGACUGUCAUUUUAAUAAUAAGGAACUAACCGGGGAUAUUUUCUAUCAUGAACUGUUGUAAUUAUGAUACUACCGAAAGUUUGAAAUCCUUCGUUUACAAGUGAUAAAUUAAGUGAAAGGAAUACAGUAAGAGGUUAUUAAUACUUUUUACUCUACAUCCAUCUGGUUAGAGGAUUUACGGGAGCAAAAACUUCGUCCUCACAAGAAAUUGUUUGGCGUUCGAAAAUGAGGCCUGCUUCUGCGAAUGCCUUUCGGAGUCAAGUACAUGCUAUUCAAACGUGGUUUACAGAGUGGAAUGAAUGUGAGAGAACGAUCGCUUUGUACUCUCUCCUGCGACAGAUGACGCCAAUUCAUGCAAGGUUUUUGUCUGUUGUUAUGGAACACACAUUUCGUGACCAAGCAUAUCGUACGCAGAUGUAUGAAAAUCAGGCAAAUGACAAAGAUUUUCUUAUUCGUCUAAGUUCAAAAUCGCGAGACGAGGCAGUGAAGCAGCUUUUGGUUCAUCUCCCUCUCCUUCAACCAGGAAACCACGCUGCAAGGAAAGAAUACCUCAAUAUUCUUCCUGAUGUCUUGUCUUAUUCACACAACCAAGGUGUUCAUGAAGACGAAUGCCGACAGCUCCUAUCACUUGCCUUAGUUCACCCAGCUUUCCCAGCCGACGAACGAACACGUUUGCAACAUUGGUUGGAAGUGCUUAACGAGGAAUCUGUAGACGGGUUCUAUGACUCAAAAAUCAACGACUUUCCUCAGCGAGAGAAUGUCAAUCGUAGACUGGAAAGUUGGCAAAAACAUCGACAACUGGAAAAGAAGGACUCUGGGAUAGGUUCUUUUGAAUAUCACUCCGGUUCGUUUAUCCCCCCGGGGCUACCUCCUCCAGGACUGCCACCCACCCCGCAUCAAAAUGCCACCAGCGCUCAUCCGAAAGUGUUCAAAACCCACAGCUUAAAUUCAGCUGUUAGUAUUCAGCAUGACAGAGCCACGGUCAGUAACGGCAGCGAGGAUGUCUUAGGCGAUGGAUCGGAGAUCAUCAAUCGUACUGGAAGAUCACUGUCGUUCCCAGUGGAUCCACAGAAGCUCAAUAAGAUCCCGUUAUCUCCCCAGUCCUCGUUUGAAAGUGAAACGGAUGAUGGGAACAAUGCUGCGAAAAUUUCAAAUUAUCCUGAAAAUCCAAACCCUGGAAUGAAAGAUUACAUAUUGUGGCUGAAGAGUUUACGAUUGCAUAAAUAUUACUCGCUGUUCUCCAAGAUAACUUACGAUGAUAUGUUUAAUUUGGCGGAGAAGGAAUUGGAAUCGAAGAAUGUUACAAAAGGCGCGAUGACGAAGAUUUUGUUGAGCAUUUCAAAAUUAAAUGAAAGAUCACAGAAGUUAACAAACCUUGAGAAGGAUGUUCCCGACGAAGGCAAGCUACCAUCGGUGUUGGAGUCAUUAAAAGGUAUUCUUCAAACACCAAUAAAGCCAUUCGUUCCUGUUGACAACCAAAACUUGGCUGAAGGUCAUUCUCCUUCGUCUACCCCUCAUCCAGAUGAUCUACCAUCACAACUUACCAAAGUAAUUGGGAAAGCUUGUACUCAACUUCUGGUUUCCAAACCCAAUGAAGAAAAUUUUGCUGUCUACAUCAGUCUUCUCGAGAAAGCUUUAAAUAAAGAGGCAUUCACAGCUCAACAGAAGAAACGUCUUCAGUCGUGGAAACAACAGUGUCAUAUGUCUGCCAAACGUUUUAACCUGCGUCGAGGCUCCCAGGACAGAGGACGCAGUUUGCCAUUCCACGCUGGAGAUUCAUCCACCAUCGGAGGAAGCGUUAAACGACAACGAGGCUCACAGCGUGGUCUUAAUAAACUAGGAGGAACAAAUAACAGCCAUAGCGGUGGAGUACCUGGUCCAAUGAGAAGCAAUACUACUGAUGGAUACUAUAAACCAAGAGCUCCGCUACGUCAUCACGCUCUUGUCUCUCGUACGAAGUCGGCUCCAGUCCCUGCUUCGAAACAAAAGCAGCCAAUGUUAGGACUCGUACACCAAGCUUCAAUUGAAAGUGUGGAAGGCAUUAACAACAGCUUGGAGUCGCUGUGUUUAAGUAUGACGGAACAUGCUCUGGCAGACAACACAGACUCUACUUGAUGAGGUAUAACGUGACACGUCAGCUGACAGGCUCAUGAUAUCCAAUAUCCUUGUCAGAUAUCUACCGUUAUUGUUGUGUGUGUGUUGUAACCUCGUGGAGGUCUAGUCUCUAGUUUCUAGUUUUAGUCUGGAUUUAUGUCAUUCUAUGCAUUGUGAGGUUUCUAUGUAAAUGUGGUUUUAAAAGAGGAUAUUUCCUCUGACUUACACCGAAUUAGCAUGGACUUUCUCUUAUACCGCAACUAAAGCCCGUUUUAUGUCUAAUAUUUCUAUUGAAUUCGGCAUGCCAUGAAAUCCCAAGUUGUUCAGGCCACAUCCACAUUUACCCAUAGUUAUCCUCAAUUGCACAUUGUCGUGUAAUCGUUGUACAUUAAUUUUUUGUUGCAGUUAAGAUUGCUAUAGUUAAUGCAAAAGUCGCAUAUUGUUCGCGUGAUCUCGGCUAGAUGCCUCGAUCACUGUGCUUUUGUGGGUCGCUAAGAAAGCGAGCUCUUAUAUAAAUAUUUAAACCAUGAAUUAACCACACCAUGACUGGUACUUCAGGUUAGUUAUCACGUAAUAAUUCAGCGUUGACGCAGUGCAAUGAUUUUAAAUGUCUGAUCUCACAGAAAUUCCCUCAAUUUGCUAGCGAAUUACAGCGAUUUGAUAAAGUUAAUCUUUCGGAUUCUUAGAAUAAUUUUUCACGUGUUUUGUUAAAUUUCGUCAUAAUAAUAAGUAUAACAGAUUAGCAAGUUUAUAAUACUUGUUUCACUAAAAGUUGCUGCUGAAUACUUCAUGGUAUUUCUAAUCAUGCGAUAGAGUCCUUCCUCAAUUGAUCGCCCCUUUUUUUAAGAAAAAAUUCUACCAGCAGGUUUUAGAAUACGGAGGAAACAUUUUCCCUCGCAUUUCACUUCUGUGAGAGAUGACCGUACAUUGGAAGCAACUGGAUUGCUUUGGACUAUACCAUCGAUUAAUAUAUUUUCUAGUCAGGCUAGUGGUUGAUACACUGACCUAUAUAUGUAUAUUAUAAAAACUCUUCAUGUUAAAAAAUAUUCCUUGCGACUGUAGAUUCAGUUGAGUGAAAAAGGGGGGAUUGCGCGGGCUAGCACAUCACCCGUGUAGGUAAUGUUUUAACCUUGUUAGCUUAGAAAGCCAUGAAAAUAAAGAUU